GAGUUUCCUUCAAACACGAUAGCGUGCAUACACACACGCCUGGUUCGAGCAGCUGCAAUAUGGCGAUGCAACUCAUCCAAAAAGAAGGCGGGUGGUAUCUAGGGGUCAGGGUGAACGACAACGUUCCUGUGCAAUGCCUGAUUCGUCAGGGCAACGGAUCAAUGCUUGAGCGUUGCGUGAACUGCAAUUUCGUCACAGAAUGGUUUUGGCAACUGAAGUGCCGUCACCGAAUGUGCGAAUGUUGCUUUCAAGUUAUCGUGUCCUAUGUCUGUACUCGUGACGAAACCGUUACAAAAAAGCAGGAGGUGGCCGCAUCAGCACGACGCUAUAAUGCUGAUCUAGCGGGCUGUUAUAUCGAGUGUCCGGAAUGCCCUACGGUUAUCUGUUACCGCUUCAUGAAGGCGCACCUCGAAGAAAAUCAUGCUGGUAUUCUAAAAAAAAUUGAGCCAGUGCAGCAAAAUGAAAAUUUGGAAAGAAACCAUUCCUUCGAAGAUCAGCCCCAUUCUGAACGCAGAAACCUCGGAGCUUGUGGCCAAACGUUUAAUGCGGAUCAGAAGCAUGGUGGAGAUGCCACUAACGACACAGGAAUGGAGCAUGAAGAAGGGACACCACUGGCUUCAAAAGGCACUUGUGGCAGCAAGCAAACAGAAGAGAGCCAGAGAGGCAAAGUGCCAGAAUCACAGCUGUGUCCGUUCUGCGAAAAGUCGUGGGAACAACAGGAAAUUGAAGGCCACAUGAACACGUGUUCGGAACGUGUUAUCGAGUGCCCAGAGUGCGUCCACGAAGUGAAAUCGAAAGACUACGAAGAUCACAUAAUGAAAUGCACGAAAGAGGAUGCGGAGGAGAAACCGGAUGGGCCGCCGAUGAACUCCCGGGAUGUUGAUGACGAUAGUGAAAGACGUCAGAAGGUUGAAGAAAUAGAAGCACUAAAGCGAGCCAUCAAAGCGUUGGAAGAAAGGAUCGAAAACUUGGAGAAACCGCUGAAAAGGCUUAUAAAACGACUUUGUGAAAAUCCUCAGCAACGGAAUUAUUGAUCAACAUUUCCAGCAACGGUGUUUGUAACUAAUAGAGAUCCAUGUUGACGCAGUCUUCGUCAAUAAAGGCCGAAUGCUAUAAAAUAAAGCGAAAAUGGUUGCAAGAAGACCUAGAGUUAGUUGGUGGAAAUAAUUUAGGAGUCCCAUAAUUUGGCGUUUGUUGUAUCUCUUGUGUUGUUUUGCAUCAAUAACCGUAAUAACCCUGAUUUGUAUAGCAUUUGAAAAUCCCUAAACGUCGGGAACAAGGUGAUAUUUCAUUUAACCUUUCAGAAAGAAUGCUGGUUUUGAUCAGUGGUGUUUUCUUGCGCACUGUAA